GGGGGCGUGGCACGGGGCGGCAAGUUUCAAAACGCCCAUUAUUUGUAAACAAACAAAUCGUGCCGGCUCUCAUUGAUUGAACCCUAAAAAAUACAGGGAUUUCCUGGGUUUUUGUUGUUGUAAAAGUUCAUAUUGAGCCAUGGCUUUUAGAAUAAAAGACGCAAGAAUUCCUCAGAUUUGGGACGCACUGAAAAUUUUAGACAACUCAGCAGCCACGGCCACAGUGAGAAGAUCAUCUCUAAAAUAUAACAAAAAGAAGGACAGUGUUGAACUUCACUUUCCACUUGCAUCGGCAGACUCAUAUGAAUUUAACAAAAUAUCAGACUGUGAAGUGUCUCAGCAUGGAAAAGUGCCACAGCUGAUUAUGUCCCUUGAAAAAUCCAAAUUCAUACCUGACGUCCUUGACUCGAUAAUAUCGACGCCAACAUCCUUUUGGAGGACCAGUCCUAUUUUCAGCAGUUUGGCAAAGGAAAAGAUUUUGGUUGAAUUUAGCUCGCCCAAUAUUGCUAAACCUUUUCACAUGGGCCACCUACGAUCAACAAUCAUCGGUAAUUUUAUCUCAAACCUUCUGUCCGGUGUAGGACACGACGUUGUAAAAAUUAAUUACCUCGGUGAUUGGGGAACCCAGUUUGGCUUACUCAACGUUGGACUGCAGUUGAGGCAAGUGACGGACGAAGAAAUUGCUGCGAACCCGAUCCAAGUUUUGUACGAGAGUUACGUUUUGGCAAAUAAGGAGGCCCAGAAUGACAAAGAAAUUAUGGAAAGAGCAAGGCACAUUUUCAAGCAGAUGGAAGAGGGAGAUUUCGCUGAAACAAAGAGGUGGGAAACAUUCAGAACAUAUACCAUUGAAGAACUUCGAAGAACUUAUGAAAGACUGGGAGUGUCAUUUGAUGAGUAUCAGUGGGAGUCGAUGUUCAGUGCCAAAGACAUUUUAUCCAUUAUUCAAGAGCUGGAGUCCAUCAAUAUUUUGAAAAAAUCCCCAGAUGGAAAGAAAAUAGUGAAAGUGGGAAACCGAGAUGUGACUCUAGUCAAGAGCGAUGGCUCGACGCUCUAUCUCACCAGGGAUGUUGCAGCAGCGAAAUUCAGAUUUCAACAACAUAACUUUGAUCGGUUGCUGUAUGUUGUUGAAAAUGGGCAGGGGGACCAUUUCAUCGCACUGAAGGACAUUUUAAAAAACAUGAAUCUCCCCUGGAGCAAAGGAAUUACUCAUGUCAAGUUCGGAAGAAUUCACGGCAUGAGUACGAGGAAAGGAGAGGUCGUUUUUCUUCAGGAUAUUUUAGAUGAAGCUUGCGAAAGGUCUCGAUCCAGACAAGACAAUUCCAAAAAUACCAGAGUUGAUAGUGCUGGCAAUUCAGCUGACGUCUUAGGAGUGAGCGCUGUGAUAAUUAACGACUUGAAACAACGCAGACAAAGGGACUAUACAUUCGACUGGGAAAAAGCCUUGCAGAUGCAAGGAGAUGGAGGAAUAAGACUACAAUACACACACUGCCGCCUUUGUUCUCUUGAGGAAAAUAGUGGCGCAACGCCUGCAGAUGAAAGUGACCCUGCUCUGUUGUCUGAGCCACAAGCCACUGCCCUCGCGAUUGAACUUGGAAGGUUCGAUGAAGUUCUCAAUGCAUCAUACGAAGAACUGGAGGCUUGCAUUUUAGUGAACUAUUUGUUCACUUUAAGCAAUCACAUUAGUCAUGCGCUUCAUCAUCUCCAAGUCAAAGACCAGCCCCCUGAUGUUUCUUCGCAGAGACUUCGACUGUUCAUGGCGUCAAAAUUGGUGCUCUCGCAAGGAUUGCAAAUUUUGGGAAUCAAGCCUCUGCAGAAAAUGUGAUUUAGUAAGUUGGCUUUGCUUUUUAUUAUCUAAAUGAAGGUUAAGUUUAAAAUGAAAUAACAAGUGUUGUUUUUAUUAUUCAAUCAAUCAGAUGUAAUUUAAUAAAUGAAGUAUUUAACAAAGUUGCAUCUCGGCCUGUAAACUAUGCAAGAAGUUUCUAGAUAACAUUGGCCCAAACAUGAAAUGAAGAUAGAUAUAGAUACAGAAAAGUUACACAAACGCAUUGUGUAAAACUCGUCAAUGCUCGUUCUUUGAAUUUUUAAAAAGAUUUCCGUAAUAGUAGAUUGCUAAAAAGGCGCAUUACAAAAACUCGAUCAUCUCAGUUUUUAUCAUAUAUAAUUAUUUUUGUAGUUUGCAUUUCGUUUUUUUUCUAAAAAUUCAAGUGUGCGGGAUCUGAAAAUGAUUUUCGAGGGAAACAUUCCGACUGGAUUAUUAAAAUUUAGGUGGUUGUGCUGUACAAUG